AUGGGCCCCGUGCGCCUGCCAUUUGGUCUCGGUUCACCGUGCUCGCCUGCAGAUGUGAGCGCCACGCACACCUGCUCUGGUCCCCGCGCCGCGUCCCCGGGGCCCACGCCCGGGAACCGCCGGCAUGAUGUCACACACCUGUUUGGCUGGAGGCUGCGGCCCCUGCCGACGGAGCUCGGGCCCCUGGGUGUCGCCUCUUUCUGUCUUUUCCCUCUCUUUCUCUCACUCUCUUCCCCUCCCUCUUUCUCUACCCCUCUCACUUUCCCUCUUUCUCCCCCUCUCUUUUUCUCUCUCCCUGUCUCCCCUUCCUUUUUCCUCUACCUCACUCUUUCCCCCUCCAUCUUUCUCUCCCUCUCUCUCUCUCUCUUUCUCCCCCCCUCUCUCUCUUCCCCUCCCUCUCUCUCCCUUGCUCUCUCCCCCUUCCUCCUUCAUUACCUCUCUCUCCCUCUCUUUUUCUCUCUCUCUCUCCCCCUCCCUCUUUCACUCUCUUUCUCUCUCUCACUCUCUCCCUUGCUCCUUCUCUACUUCUCUCGUCCAGACUCCUUCUCCAGCCGGGUGCUGAGGACUCUUCUGCAGGAGGUGAGGUUUGGGGAGACCGUCUCCUACAAACGUCUGGCCGAAAUGGCGGGAAACCCCCGCGCCGUGCGGGCGGUGGGAGGAGCCAUGAGGAGGAACCCGGUCCCUCUUGUGAUCCCCUGCCACAGAGUGGUCCCCAGUAGCGGGCCGAGUGGCGCGUACAUGGGGGGCCGGGGCAACCACCUCAAAGUUUGGCUGCUCGCCCACGAGAGACCUGGAGGGUAGCGUCACGUAGGGGCACGCACACACACACACACACACACACACACACACACACACACACACACACCACACACACACACACACACACACACACACACACACACACACACGAACACACACACACACACACACACACACGCACACAAAACGAGAACAAAAUGUCAUCAUAAAGACAUAAAGUUUGCCAUACUUUGCCAGGCCACUAUGGAUGUGUUGUUGAUAUUAUUAGGGGGGAGCGGAUUCUUAAAGUCAGUGAAAUGGCAGCUCGCCCAUGAGAGAACAAGAGGGGAAGGUUAAUGUCCUGCACACAGAAACUCCAAAAGCUAAUAUUAAGUGUCAUGGAGUUUGCCGUGAGCCAGGAUUCUGUGAAGGUUUUUGUUGUAAUUAUAAGAAGUCGUUGAAUUUAACUGAAUGAUAAAAAAGGAGGCCAAUCCUUAAAGUCAUGAGAAGCGGGAACACAGAGCGAAACUACCAUAAAAGUCAAAGUUUCCCGUGCGUUGCCAUGACACAAUAAACAUGUUUUUGUACUCAAAUGAUAACACAAUAGAAUAAAAACUGAAUAACAUAAAGGGGGCUAUUCUUAACGUAAAUAAAGUAUGUAAAGUGCGGUACACAAACAAAAAAACGAAACAAAAAAACAACAACCUUUCAUUCUAAGAGUCCUUAAGUUUAUACCGCAAAUUGCCAGAUACUAUGGAACAACUGGAGGUGAUGGUAAAUAUUCAGCUGCAUAUUUAAGGGAAUAAAGAAAUGAUCUAAGAAUAGAGAAGCUGGCUGGCUAAUGUGAUACGGUGUCGUGGCAGAAUUAGAAUGUACAAAAAUAACCUAAACAGAACACAAGGAAUUACAAACAUAUGUUCCCACGAGUCUCUGUGCUGUUUGCCAGAUAUCGCUGGAAUGGCUUUUCUAAAGAAUUAUUAUUCCUUUAAAAAUAUGUCUCUUGCAUUGUUAUUGUUGUUAUUUUCGUUUAUUAUUUUUUUCCCCCUUUCUUCAGAAUUAGUCUUUGUAACUCUUGUUGUUGUUGUUUUUUUUAAUUUCCUGCCAAGUAAAUGCUUUGUUCGACAUCCAGUACUAAAGGCUGGGAGUUUUACGGCUACAAAGCUUUGUUGUAAGGCGUUGGUUUUGUCUUCAUUUAGAUCUCAUUGUUGCGCUCUGGUCGUUAUUAUCCGUCUAUUAACUAGAGAGGUGAUGCCGCGCAUUUGGAUUAUAAAAGUACAUAUAAUAUGUAUAUGAAUGUUUUUAUUUGUCUUUUUGUCACGCGAUCAAUGCAGUUGUGUUCCUGCUUCCAUUAGGUUUCCACUUUUCAACGUGAUAUUUUUAUUAAAAAAUGUGUAUAAAAUGCC